AAAAACAAUAUAUUAUCGGGUUUGGGGUGGUUGGGUCUGAACAAACAACCUGGAAGGACGACUUUUGAACACGUUGGGGAACGAAAGGUAUUCUUACUUUACUUUUUAUCACUGCAAAUUUGUGGGUUCAUCAUUAUUCUCACGUCCCAUUUGCUUCUAGCUCAAAAGGUAUUGCAGAUACAGCAGAAUCAUGAGCGGGACAUCUGAAAAGAAACUUGUAAGAAUUGAUGUUAGUUCUGAUACUGUGUGUCCAUGGUGCUUUGUUGGCAAAAAGAACCUAGACAAGGCCAUAGCUGCCUCCAAUGAUAAAUACAACUUUGAGAUAAUAUGGCAUCCCUUUCAACUUAACCCUGAUGCCCCUAAAGAAGGCAUUGACAAGAGGGAGUAUUACAGAAGAAAAUUUGGAUCCCAAUCAGUACGGAUGGAAGCUCGGAUGUCAGAGGUGUUCAAGAAUGUUGGUCUGGAAUAUAGUUUGUCUGGACUCACGGGAAACACUAUGGACAGCCACAGGCUUAUAUAUUUUGCUAGACAGCAGGGUCUUGACAAGCAGCAUGAUCUAGUUGAAGAACUUAAUAUUGGCUAUUUCACACAGGGAAAAUACAUUGGUGACCAUAAGUUUCUUCUGGAAUCUGCUGCAAAGGUUGGUAUAGAAGGAGCAGAAGAGUUUCUUAAGGACCCCAACAAUGGUUUGAGGGAGGUGGAGGAAGAGCUCAAAACAUAUUCAGGGAACAUUACAGGAGUUCCAUAUUACGUGAUUAAUGGAAAUCACAAGUUGAGUGGUGGACAACCCCCUGAAGUCUUCUUGAGAGCUUUUCAGGUUGCUACAACUUGACUUUCAGCUUCAAUUUCCCUCUGUAGUAAGAAUCAAACCUUGGAAAUAAGAAAAUACUCUAUAAACUGUGAAACUCUUGCUUAUAUGAAGACAAUAUUCAGGUCUUUUUUAUUUUUACUAAAUCUGAAUUGAUAAUAUAUCAUUAAUAAUUCACAUUUGUAAUAUUAUUAUUAUUACUUGAUAAUGAGCUAUAGGUUUUUUUUGCUA